GACUACGGCUGGCUAUAUUUACAGACGCGCGAAUGUCACCGCGAUAUUAUAGAAGAUAAUUUUAAUAAAACGAACGUAACGAGUGUCACGAUCAGCUCUUAUUGUUAGUACAAUACUCUUGCUGUUAAGGUGAAAAAUAAUAGCAGUCAAUAAGAGUGGAAAAUUGGAGCAAUCGAGUAUAGACUUUCCGAAAUUUCCAUUAUUGCGACAAACCAGAUUUCGCGGUUUUCCAUCUUAUAGCGUUAAACCUAACAAUCAUCCUUAAUUGAAUAAUAAACUUUGAAUUAUUACGGAAAUUGCUCUUGAUCCGAAGCAGUCUUGCGUUUGCCUGAGAUGGAGGAUGCGCAAGAAGAGUUGCAAUUUGUGGUAGACGAUGUGAGCAACAUUAUCAAGGAAGCGAUUGAAGUGUCAAUAGGUGGCAAUACUUAUCAGCAUAAUAAAGUUAAUCAAUGGACUUCGAACGUAGUAGAGGCUUGCUUGGGCAAUCUUACAAAAUUACAGAAGGCAUAUAAAUAUAUUGUAACUUGUACGAUCAUGCAGAAAAAUGGAGCUGGACUUCAUACUGCAAGUUCAUGUUACUGGGAUAAUGCUACUGAUGGCAGUUGCACAGUGCGUUGGGAAAACAAAACUAUGUAUUGUAUCGUAUCUGUUUUUGGAUUGGCUCUAUAAAUUUAUCUAUCUACGUAACAAAUCUUACGCUUGAAAGAAGUUCAAUAUUUUGGCUAUUUGAGAAAUUCAGUAAAUGCCAGACUUUCAAAAAUAAAAUGUUUUGUUCUCGUUAUUUGACAAAAUAUUUAAUAUUUUUGUAAAAGCUGCAGAAAUUAGAGAAAUAGCAGAGUACACAAAUGACUGCGCUUCAAAAUAGUUAUGCAAUGCAAUGAUUAAUAUAAAUAAAAUUGGA